GGGAGCGGAGGGGUUCAUUAUCAGCCGGAACGUAAACAGCGUCGCCGAUAAAAAUGUUUAAAUCACACUGUGUUAAUUAGAGAAUCAAAAUCAAUGCGCCUGUGGACGCGGACGAAUCGAGAUCGUGAGCGCGAAACCGCGGAUUAAGAAGCGCUUGAAACAAACGAAACCAAGGGAACGGAGUAGCAGAAAGUGCGUGAGAACGCGUGAAUAGUGAUUUUUGGCCGCACAGCGAAGCGCAGUGAACGAAUCACGAGCGAAAGCGGAUAAACAAAAGCCAUAAAAAACAGAUUCGCACGAGAAUAGCAAAAUCGUCUGUACGCAUCAAUUGUUUUUGGGAAUAGUCUGAUUUGCCAGAGAGACUGGCGCGGAUCCGCCAUGGACGACGAGUUCAAGCUCUGUUGGAAGAACUUCCAGGACAACAUAGCCAGCGGCUUCCAGAACCUCUACGACCGUGGCGACCUGGUCGACGUGACGCUCGCCUGCGACGGGAAGCUGCUCCAGGCGCACAAGAUAGUGCUGGCGAUAUGCAGCCCCUACUUCCAGGAGAUAUUCACUACCAAUCCCUGCCAGCAUCCCAUCAUUAUACUCAAAGAUGUGAGCUUCAAUAUUAUGCUGGAGCUCUUGGAGUUCAUGUACCAGGGCGUGGUAAAUGUCAAACACACGGAACUGCAGUCCUUCAUGAAGAUUGGCCAGCUGCUGCAAAUCAAGGGUCUGGCCACGAACUCCAACUCCUCACCAGGCUCAAGUGCCUCGGAGAAAUCCACUAGUCAGACGCCACAGACGGAGGAAUCGCCCAACACCAGCAGCAAUACCCACAACAACAGCAGCAGCGGUGCCAACAACCACAACUCAAACUCUAAUAGCAAUAACAAUAGCAAAUCGGAAACGGAUCACAAUGAGAGCAAGGGUCAGAGCAAUUCGCGGAAUGCCUCGCCAGGCGGUGCGAGCAGGGUCUCCAACGAAGCCGGCAGCCACCUGUACACGCCAAGCAAACGGACAGCGCCGCCGGAUUUCGGCAACGAUUCCCUGUCCAUUUACUCGGGCAAACAGUUGAGGCGCUCGUUAAAGGAUCACGGCUCUGGCGGAAGUGACGGAGGCGGAGCCGAGAAUACUGACAAUGGCUCCGAAAUGGAGAAUACCCUUAAUACACAAGAGUUCUUUAUGCCGCCCAUUCCGCACAUUUCCAUGGUGGAGUCGCGUUACGAUCUCGGACUGAAGCGUGAAUCGGAUGGCCUUCAUCACGGGCCGUCGUCUGGCGGUGCCGGAAGUUCGGGCAGCAUUGGCAGCCUAACCUCCUCAGCCUCGUCGGCGACAGCCAUACGCAAUCCCUUCGCCCCGGCCUUCAAUCUGGACAACUAUAAGUUCUACAACAGCGGGAACAGCGGCGGCGGCGGUGGUCCCAGCGGCAGCUCCAAUAACUCUGGCGGACCCGGAGGCAUCAGCAACAAUGGACCCCUCAGCUCGGGAACGGAGUAUCCCAACGAGCUGUUCAUGCCCAAUGAUUACUCCAAGAACUUUGCCAAUCACAUGGACAUUCCCUCAAACGGCAGCAACAUGGUGAUGCUGUCCACCACCUCGCUGCUGCACGGCAAUUGCGUGUUCAACCGCAACAACACGGUGGCCACGCAGCAGGGCAUGAAGACCUACUGGCUGUGCAAGUCGUACCGGAUCAGCAUGUGCCGGGCGCGCUGCAUAACCCACCUGGGCAGGAUAAUCUCCGCGACGGGCGUACACAAUCACACGCCGCACAUGCGCGGCGGUCAGGGAUCAGGCGCAACGCCAGCGACUGCGUCGGCUUCAGUGGCAGGUUCCCCAGUUUCUCUUAAUUCAUCGAAUCCGAGCCAGACGGGCUAUUCCCUGGCAGACGGUGGUGGGCCUCUGGGUGCGGAUCUGCAGCAUGGAAACCGAGUGAGCAACAUGUUUGCCAAUCAGACGCCUCCACCGCCACCGCCUCCAGCAGUUAUUCCUGGAACUGCAGGCCCACAACACCCGCACCAUCAUCAUCACCUUGGACAGGCGCUGCCCAACCUUUUGGUACAGCAGCAUCCAGCGCCGCCGCACAUGGAGCAGCACGGAGGGUCGGCAAAUCUCAUGCAUAACCCGAAUCUGAUGCACCUGCAGCCGCAAACGCACCACCAUCACCUCCAGCAGCAGCAACAGCAGCACUCGCCUCAUAACCCUCCGCAACAGCAUCACCUGGAAAUGGGAGGUGGAUCGGGAGCCGGAGGGGUGCUGCUGUCCCCGGCACAUGUGCAACAAAGCCCACAGUCCAAUCGCAGUAGUCACUCCCUCCACACUCAGAGUCCUCCGCCCCAGCCGGUGGAGGAACAGCAGCAGCAGCAGCAGCAGCAACAACAACCUCACCAGCAGCAGCAGCAGGAGGUGGUCGCCGCGGAGGGAGCAACGGAUCCUGGCACCGCGCACGUUAUCAACUCCAUUACAAUAUCCCCAAACACCAGGCAUAGCUUCAAAAUGGAAAACAUGUAAGGCUGUCGCUGGGGAAUGCCCAUGCCACACACUGCCCCCGGAGGAGGAGGAGUAAUUUAUUUUUGCCUAGCUAGAGUUUGUAGUAGACAAUUGAAUUUGAUUCGAGAGAAGAGUAACCAAUGUUGUAAAUAUCAGUAACGAUGUGCAUAUUGUAUUUUAUAAAUUAAUGCGAAUUGAUAAACCAAAAAGAACGAGUCAAGAGGUGCUGUGAAAUGAAUCCCAGAUUAAGCUAACCAGUGCAAUUUUGGAUAUGUUUCGUGGCCCUGUGCGUAUAUCUGUGGGUAAUCAUUCAGCAACUAACCAAAAGGGAAAUAUAAAAUUAUAUUACUUAUAAUUGCAUUUCAAAUUGGACCUGAUAUAAGAACAUGCCAGAGAUUAGAGUUCGUUUUAUACUUUAGUUCACUAGUUCACUAGACUGUUAUUUCCGAACUCUGAACAAAGUUGUACAUAUCUUUUUAAACAAUUUUCCAACUUCAUGUUAACGUAAAGAUUCAUUUCAACUUUUUGUGAAAGCUAUUUCCCUUACCAUAAUAUCAGGUCCAAUAUGAUUUGUUUUUAUACUCUGCAUCCACCUAACAACCACCUGGCAGGUAAGUAAAUUGCAUGACACACACAUACACACACAAACACACAUAUAAUUGGGCUCAUUCGUGUACGUCCUGGCGCAUCCAAAACAAAAUACAUAAUCAACCUUUUUCGGGAAAAAGCAAAGAGUUCAACUCUUAGCCAUACACUCAUCGGAGCAGCCGAAUCGAUCCGUACCGAUCCUCACCAGUAUUCUCGUCCUAUC